AUGAACGAGGACGAGCGGCUGAAAGAGAGAUAUGUGAACUUCGACCCGAUCCAGCUUCAGCGCGUUGCUGGGAAAGCAAUGGGAGAAGACCAUUGUGCCCAUAUUUUCAAACUCGCAGACGGUGGUUUCAACAAAGUCUUCCUAUUUAGAACAACUUCUGGUAAAGAAGUCAUAGCACGCAUUCCCACUCCCAUUGCCGGCCCACCCCACUACACCACCCCCAGCGAGGUUGCUACGAUGGCCUUCUUGCGAGAUAUUCUAGGAGUUCCGGUCCCAAGAGUACUGGCGUAUUCGGCAGAUUCGACCAAUCCAGUUGGAUCACGGAAAUUGAAGCGAGGAUUUUUGCAAGACUUCUGCAUUGGUCCUAUUGCUGCGCGGCAGUUCUGGCAUGGUGAUCGAAGUAAUACCAAGAUUGAUCGCGGUCCUUGGCUCUCACCUGAAGACUGCUUUACAUCUGCUGCUCGGCGAGAGACCACUUGCAUACUGCAUUUCGAUAUCGACCCUUCGGAGCAUACAUCGCUUCUUUCAAAAUUCCUGCAACUUUCCACUCUUUUGAUACCAAAAGACACAGUUUAUAAUGCUCUCAUUCUACGACAUUUUGACUUGACUCUGAAUGAUAUUUUAAUGGAGCCUGGCUCCGCAAAGGUUGCGAGCAUUAUAGACUGCGAGGAACAAAUGGAAGCAAAAGCUAAAUUUCGCUCCGAGGAAGCAAACCUCCACUACACAUCAGCUACUUGGUUGUAUAAUGGUAACCACUGGAGCGCCUUGAAGAUCCCGCACCUUGGCAUGCGACAAUAUCUACAUCAGCAAGCAGGGUACCUUUGGGAUGGAGAUGUCAUCAAUCUUCGUGCUGCUCUUGUUGGUAUCACAACUCCGCAAGUUUGGGACGCGAUUACGUCAGAACGGUGUCCGGUGGUCUUUUCUGAUCAGGAACGGCACACAGCAAUGGAGGAAGCAAAUGAGUGGAAUCAGUGCGAAGAACUCCUGGAUUUUAUCAGGAACGAUUUAGGUAUUGACCCCGAAGGUGGUACAGAACCCGCAAACUUUGAGGAGGAUGAGCGUGAUAUUUGCUGGCGGAACUGGCCUUUCAAAGAUGAUACAGAUCUCCCCUCUUCGUCUUUAGUGUGA